AGCUCUUCAGUUCUUUUCGAGCUCCCUUCUAUUCACUCAGGGUCAGGUGCUGGUUGCCUACCCAUAUUCGUUUUUCUGACAUAUCAAUUCAACACACCUCAGCAUCAUCAUGAAGCCGGCUUCGUUCAUCCUCUUCCUGUCUACCAUUGCCGCGUCUGCAAUGGCCCUGUCUGCAGCAAACAAUGUCCACAGUCCAGCUGCAACUCCUCAAGAUUCUCGUGCUCGUCCCGUCGUAGGCGUCACUCAGAAAGUCGUCGACGAGCUCAAUGCAAGCCUUGGGAGGGAUGAACGUAUCGCUCGUGCUUAUUCGGACUCUGUAUUUGUUCGAGAUGGCUCCGACACGAUCACAGACCAAUCGGGUGCUCUCAACCUUGGUCAUCUCGCCGAAAGCAUCCUUAACGUCGUUAGUAGCUUUCUGAAGAGAGACGAGAACACCGCUCGCUCCUACGUCGAAUCCCUCAUUGCACGGGAUGAGACCAAAUCCGGUUUCGCUGAUCAAUCGGGUGCUUUCACGAAUCAACUUCCUAAAAACCUUCAGGAGAUCCUUCCGCAACUCAUAGAAGAAGGCAUAUUUGAACGCGUCUCCCGUGCCUACAUGGACUCCUCUGAAUCUGGAGGGGUGUAUGCUAGAGGUCUUGAUGCCUACGUUCGUAGUCUCGAGGAGCUCUACGCUAGAGAUUUUAUGAAUCAACUGCUUCGUCGUAGUCUGUAUGAAUUGGAUUGAAGGAUGGAGUGAGGCAUCAGUACUUAGAAAUAUGUCGUGGAUCGAGUUGACUUUGACCGACACUGCGAUACUGCCUUCGAUAUUGGCUACCCUGUGUGGUCACUGCAAUUGAUGCAGCGAAGAAUCCGCAGGAAUUGAAUUCAAGGACGGCUAAUGUA